AUGACCGAUGCAGACAGUAGACUCUUCAUUGACGAGGUGUCCUUGGAACGCUUCGACCACUGGCGGGAGAGGGUUCAAGAGGAUCGUGUCGUCCACAUCAAGGGCUUUGGCGAUUCCCCGAAGAGCGAAGAGGUGGCCGAGCAAUUCCCUGGUCGAGUGGCACUGGUACCCAUGGACAUCCCUUCUGAUCCUCUUCGACUGCUCGGGCAGGUGGAGAUCAGGAGAGGGUGGGUUCCAAAGUUUCCAAAGUGCAGCCAUCCUGAGAGCUUCUUUAAGUCCGUCGAGCUCGAAACUGACCCAGGGAAUCUGAUACUGAUAGCGAUGGGCGCCUACUAA